AUGGAGGAGCAGAAGGUCUCGCGGCCCCGGGUCACCUUCUUCCAGCCCCGCGUCAACCAAGUGCUGGUGCUGUUCAGUCUGUUCAAUGGCAGUGAAAUGGCUGUGAAAAGGUUUUUGCCAAAGAGUCACUUAUCCACAGUCAUCAUCCGUGACAACACCAGUGUCCAGCGAAUUCAGGAGAUCAAGGUAAAUCACUUGGAGGAGACAAGAAUAAAGACCAGCCACUUUUAUGAGCACUUAAAGAAGAAGUUCACGAGUGACCAGCAGAAGAAGAUAUCACGGUGGAAGAAGGAGUCUGAUAAAUUUGGGAAAAUACUGGAGCUGAUCAAUCAGAGAACCAAGAACUUGGCGAUCGCUUCUGCUAGUCUGACUAUGAGGAAGUCCCAAGAAGGCAGCCAGAAAACAAUCCCCAAGAAAGAAGCAACC